GUUAGAGCUAACGGGAACUCUAGGGUUGUUGCCUUGCAGAGCAUGGUGGCUUCUUGCAUUUCAGCACAAGCAGUAGCGGCGCCUUCCUUCCUCGUCAGAAUGGUGUCAGGCGUUGGAGGGGCUGACUGGUUCGAGGUCGCCAGCAGGCUUGCCCAGGCGGAGACCAAUAUCGGUCUCGGGAGAAUUGUAGACUCCCCCAGGUCUGCAAAUACUCCUCGAGCUGGGCAGGAAAGGGGUGAAGAGAAGGGGAACAACAAGCAAGUGACAUUUCAACCGACAUUUACAAGUGACAAGAAAGAGAGAAUUGCAACCCCUGAGAAUACCAAAAGUCGGGGGGCAGUGUUUGGCCCUCCGUCACCACCCCUCAAGCGGCAUGCAGCUCCGCUUUUCAAAGUUGGUAAGCUAGCGGAUGCACAGAGCAACCGGAAGCAUAAGCAGGAGCAGUUUCCGGUGGAGUUGGAAGAUGUCACCAGUGACAAGCAGAGCUUUGACUCGAAAGAAGGCCAGGACAAAGAAAGGCCAGCAGAAGCAGAUGGUGCAUUGGGUGGAGAAGAGGAUUGGGAGUUGAUAGAUGGAGAAAAGGGCACUGGGGCCUUUCAAGAAGACGAGGAACGUCCUGCUGAGAAGCAAAUUACCCCCAAGAGCGUUCGGACUGCCAAAGGGCUUCUUGAACUUCCUGAUCUAGUCGGCACCUCCCCUCCCGACCAAGAGGCUAGCCUUCUGCGAGACUGGAGCCUGCCUUCCCCCAGCAGACGAACCGUUCAGCCGCCGCUAGAUGCUGGAAAGUCGCCUAGAACUGCAUCGGCAUCCACAAAAACCCAGGCACCAGUAGAUCGGCAAACAAACACCAGGGAAGACCACCCCCAAAAAGAAGAAGAUGGCCACUCCAUCUGGCAGUUUAACGAAUUCGGCAGACAUGACCACGCGCAGGAGUUGGAGCGGCGGGGGUCUCUGCAGAUGGAGGAGCUGGUUGGUCCUUUGAGGGGGGGCACACCAGAAGGCGGCCCCACCCCCUCUCCUCGAGAAAGUCAGCUGGUCCCAGUAUCCCCUUUCGGUGCCCUGGCAAAUGUCCCUGGGUGGAACCUGGCGCAGGCAGGCCUUUUAAGCACGUCCCUAGGGCAGAGGGUAGCUAGUUUUGUGGGGGAAGUAGUAGCCGCAUCGGCAGAACACGAGCAGCGCUUUGUUGGGCGGCUGCGGAGCAACUCGUUCAAGAAGAACGGGGUCCCCUCUGAGCUGAAAGCGAUGGAUACCGCCAGUGGGAGCGGACCCGAUUCUAGAGCAGACUCCGGGGCGGAGCUGGCUUCAUCCGGGGGGGAGGGGAGGGCCCUUCCUGAGGCGGCACUUGCUAGUGUUGAGACGGGAGCGGCAGAGGCAGUGCUGGAACGAGGGCCGGCCGCUGAGAUGUCAAAUGCAGAUUGGAUGAGCAGGAUUCAGAGCGCGACCACGCAGCAGCUGGGGGAGUGGCUGGCGCGAGUCAAGAUGACUUACAGGGGCUCAAAGGAGGACAUUGGCUGGCUAAAACGGGAACCCGGCAUGCCUCCCAUCACGGACGGCAGCGAGCGCUUCCUCCAGCUGCUGGGGCAAAUCGUGCAUGGGAUCCAUUCCCUGUCGGACGAGUAUGUAUAUCUAUUGACACCAGGUCUGUUCAGCAACUUUGGCCCGCUGUACCUGUAUGAUACCAAGAAGUACCUUGCAAAACUAGGACUGAGCACGCACAUAGCUAAGAUUCACAGCGAGGCCGCAGUAGAGAAGAACGCCUUAGAGAUCUGCCAGUACGUCGAGGAACUGAACUGGGGAACGGGCAAGCAGGUGGUGAUACUGGGCCACAGCAAGGGGGGCAUCGACGCCUGCGCGGCGCUCGCGCUUUUCCCUGAGCGGCUGGCCGGCAAAGUGCGCGGGAUUGCGCUGGUGCAGAGCCCAUAUGCGGGAAACCCGGUUUGCUCAGACAUCCUGCGGGAGGGACAGGUGGCGGACUUUGGUUCGCGGGCGGUGCUACAAACGCUGAUGCAUCAUGCACUCAAGGGAGAGCUCCGUGCCCUGGAAGACCUGACGUACGAGCACCGCCGCGCGUUCAUCCUCUCCCACCCGCUCCCUCCGGGGAUCCCCCUCGUGUCCUUCCACACCGAGGCCAGCCGCGCCCCGACCGCCCUCUCAACCAUUACCACCGUCGGCCACGCAGAGCUGCCGUUGGCCGCACUAGUUGCUGGGGCCACCAGCUCGGCAGCGGCGCAGAGCGCGGGCGUUGGGAAGCUGCCGAUUGCGAUGCCGAUUGGUGCCACGUUGGCGACGAUUGCGGGGCACUUGGAGCUCAGGUAUGGGGAGAAGUCAGACGGUUUAGUGACCAGGCCCGAUGCGGAAGUGCCCGGCUCGGUGGUUGUCCGACCCGAGAAGAAGCUGGAUCACGCGUGGCCGGUGUUUGGAGGGGGCAAGUCGACCCCGGGGGAACCCGAGCCUGCACACGUGAAUGAGGCGCUCCUGACGCUGCUUCUUGAGAGCCAGUUCCCACCCGGUCAAGCUCCAGUUGUGCGCCAAGUCAGGAGCGGGGAUCCCCCGAAGCGGUGGCGCUGAUAUAAUUAGUUGGAGACGUUAAUGUUUUGCGCGGCAGGAAAUCUGCAAGACAAUCUUAAGGUGAUUUUGUAAACUGUGUACUUCGGUGUCAAUUAUGGCGCUCUCUUUGCUGAUGGGGCCAACCACGUUGGUUUUUUGAGUAUGUACGGUCUGGAAACUACCAAAUGCGCGCAGGAGUGUGGAUCAUAUACAAGGUGAAUAUACUGUUGGUCAUAGCAAGGCCUCCCUGGUGGAACAGAUCAAUCGGAGGACCAGCGAAAAGCUGCAUAUAGUAGCUCGCUUCAACCUAAAGAAACGACGCAGGUAUGAUCAACGCUGGGUCUUUGACUAUCAAACUUCCGUUUUUGGAAGUUGCUCCCUAUUAUGAUUCUUUGUCAUCC